AUGUCUUGUGCUCUCGUUUUUCUUUUCACUUUAACUUUCGUUUCUUCAGCCACUGCUGGGUUUCACAGAAUUCCACUUCAUACCGUUGGAAUUAAAGCUCGCGGACUUUACUCAGCCCCCUUGUAUCCCUCGUGUGCAUCCUUACAAUUUCCAUGCGCUGCCGGUUUUCCAUUACUACCAACCGGUUGCGUUAAAUCCGGCAGUUUAUGUCACGGCAGUAAUCUUCAAGCUGCUGGUUGCUAUGAUAAUGCUCUCCAAUACUGCACGAAUUGUCAAAAUCAAUGCGAAAAUUGCAACUACGGUCAAGAUUCUUUUUCGGUUUUGACGCGCAGAGCGCCAUUGUACUUGAAUCAAUGCGAUGAAUGUCAAAAAACGCAUCAAAUGGAAGGAUGUGCGAAUAAUGCGCUUGAACAAUGUUGUAAUAAACAAGGCGAAGUACAGAAUUGUAAUUGUUAUGAACAGUCUUACAGUAAUAUUGCAAAGAGAACAUUUCCUAUGGCCACUUCAAUUACCGCUCCCUGCGAAUGUGCAUCAGCACCAUGCGAAUGUGGAAUGGUAGGCGUGGCACCCGCAAUUUCACCAUGCGAAUGUGGGAUGGUAGGCGUGGCACCCGCAAUUUCACCAUGCGAAUGUGGGAUGGUAGGCGUGGCACCCGCAAUUUCACCAUGCGAAUGUGGAAUGGUAGGCGUGGCACCCGCAAUUUCACCAUGCGAAUGUGGAAUAGUAGGCACGGCGCCCGCAAUUCCACCAUGCGGAUGUGCUACUUCACCAAAUGUAGUCGAUGCAAAACUUUGUUCCUCAAAUGAAUAUCAACAAGCCGGUUGUGAAAAUCAUGAUUGUCAAAAGUCCACAAAUCAAGCAAAUGAAGAACAGUGUUGUAAUCAACAAGAACAUUCCUAUAGCCUCGUCACUAAACGUACACCAUUGAUAUUAUCGCAAACUAACGAAUGCCAAGAUCAACUCGCAAAAGCUUUUUGUGGCGGCGAAGAACUUGCACAGUGUUCUGAUAACCAAAUUCAAGCAGCCUAUUCUGAAGAAUGUGAAAAGGCGUAUAAUCAAAUUGUGUAA